AAGUAUACAGAAUUUUUCUGAAAGAAAAGAAAGUUUAAAUUGAACUCUCAACCAAAACGCACGGUCUGCAGUGAUACGCAAUUUCUGCAAAUUAAAUAAAAUAUUAUAAUAAAAGAACAAUAAUUAAAAGACAGAAUAAAGAAAAGUGCCAUUCAAGCCCAGCUUUCGGGCGUCUGUUCUUGUUUCUUGUGCUACGUCAUCAAACCAAAGUGGAAAACCCCAAUUAACAAUCAAUAUCAACAAGAAAAAUGCCUUUCCCAGGUGCUAAUGUGUGUGAUUUCCAAGAAAAUCGGCAAAUAUCUUCAAAUUUCACAAUGGAUAGUGCGUGGCAGAACAAAGAAAGCCCCCGAAAGUGGGGCUCCGCGGGGCAAGUUGCAGCUCCAGACGAAACUUGAAGCGCAGCUGCAGCAACUUUUCUCUAUAUGUGAAGAUAUGUAUGUACACACAUGCAGUCGGGGUGUACAAAGAAAACGAGUCUUUGUUCUUCCAACAAAUCGAUGGCGAUGGCGAUGCACCAACUCGAAUCCAAGAAGGGAAUUUCUUAUCCCGGAUUUCCAGCGUUGUGGAUAAACUAGAAGAGGAAUAUUGGAAAAAUAAGUUAAGAUACUCCUAUAGCAGACCAAUGAUGGACGACCGAGGACGUUCUGUGAGCUGGGCCGGCAGGAUUUGGUAUUUAUGACUACUAUUCUACUUGCUACCAAGCGCAUCCAUCGCUAACGACCCACCAAACUCCACAAAACAACCACCACCACAUAUACUAAUUUCCAAGUACCAAACCGCCUACGCCUGCGAAGGUAAGAAACUGACCAUCGAGUGUGAUCCUGGGGAUGUGAUCAAUCUAAUUCGGGCCAACUAUGGCCGCUUCUCGAUCACCAUCUGCAAUGACCAUGGCAAUGUGGAGUGGAGUGUCAAUUGCAUGUUUCCCAAGUCACUCACCGUACUGAACUCAAGAUGUGCCCACAAACAGAGCUGCAGUGUUCUGGCAGCCACGAGCAUGUUCGGGGAUCCCUGCCCCGGAACCCACAAGUAUCUGGAGGCGCACUAUCAGUGUAUCAGUGCCGCCCAGACCUCGACGACAACCAAGAGGCCCAGCCCGCCGCCAUGGGUACUCAAUAAUGGCCCACCCAUCUUUGGCAAUGGCAGUGGCCUGAUCCAUCCGCCUGGCGUGGGAUCGGGUGCCCCGCAACCGCCCCCGCGACUACCAACGCUACCCGGCGUGGUGGGUAUCAGUGGGAAUACCGGACUAUUCAAUGUGCCACCUCAACAUACAGCCGUCACCCACUCGACGCCUUCCAGCAGCACGGCUGCUGUCGGCGCUGGUCGAAAUAAGGGUGUGGCCACCUCCACAACGACCACCAAGCAUCCGGCUGGUCGGCACGAUGGUCUGCCGCCACCUCCACAACUGCAUCACCAUCACAAUCACCAUGGCGGUGAGGAGGUCGCCGCACCCACCAAAGCCAGCAGCAAGCUUCCGGCUGUGGGCAAUGCCACAGCUCCAUCGAAUACCCGCAUCCUUACCGGCGUCGGGGGCUCGGGUACCGACGAUGGAACCCUGCUGACCACCAAGAGCUCCCCCAACAGGCCGCCGGGGACGGCUACAAAUGGAUCUCCUGUCUCCGGAAACGGCAGUGUUGUGCGUACCAUUAACAACAUCAAUUUGAAUGCUGCCGGAAUGUCCGGAGCGGAUGAUGAGAGCAAGCUGUUCUGCGGACCCACCCAUGCCCGCAAUCUCUUCUGGAACAUGACCCGCGUGGGCGAUGUAAACGUUCAGCCCUGUCCGGGCGGAGCAGCCGGCAUAGCCAAGUGGCGAUGUGUGCUAAUGAAGCGAAUGCCCGACUCUGGAUUCGAUGAGUACGACGACGAACCAAGUACCACAACACCGGCGCCCAGUGGAGGCGAUUGCCUGCACAACAGCAGCAGCUGUGAGCCGCCGGUGAGCAUGGCCCACAAGGUGAACCAGCGACUGCGCAACUUUGAGCCCACCUGGCAUCCCAUGACCCCCGAUCUGACCCAGUGCCGCAGCAUUUGGCUGAACAACCUGGAGAUGCGAGUGAACCAACGCGACUCCUCGCUCAUUUCCAUUGCCAACGAUAUGUCCGAGGUGACCAGCAGCAAGACGCUAUACGGCGGCGAUAUGUUGGUCACCACGAAGAUCAUUCAAACGGUUUCCGAGAAAAUGAUGCACGACAAGGAGACGUUCCCCGAUCAGCGGCAACGAGAGGCCAUGAUAUCGGAGCUCUUGCUCAACGUGGUCAAGACGGGCUCCAAUCUUUUGGAUGAGUCGCAGCUGUCUUCUUGGUUGGAUCUCAAUCCGGAGGACCAGAUGCGUGUGGCCACAUCCCUGCUAACGGGGCUGGAGUACAAUGCCUUCCUGCUGGCCGAUACGAUAAUCAGGGAGCGGAGUGUGGUGCAGAAGGUCAAGAAUAUAUUGUUGACUGUUCGCGUUCUGGAAACGAAGACCAUCCAGUCGAGCGUGGUCUUUCCGGACUCGGAUCAGUGGCCCCUAAGUUCCGACCGCAUUGAGCUGCCACGCGCAGCUCUGAUCGAUAACAGCGAAGGUGGCCUGGUGCGCAUUGUAUUCGCCGCCUUUGAUCGCCUGGAGUCCAUCCUUAAGCCCAGCUAUGAUCACUUUGAUUUGAAGAGCUCGCGCAGCUAUGUUCGCAACACUGCAAUCCUGGCCAAUGACAGUGAUGCCAAUGCGGGAGAGAUGCAGCAGCGAAUGCGGAUACUCAACAGCAAGGUGAUCUCGGCCAGCUUGGGCAAGGGGCGACACAUCCAGCUCUCGCAGCCCAUAACCCUGACGCUGCAGCAUCUGAAGACGGAGAAUGUGACGAAUCCCACUUGCGUGUUUUGGAACUACAUUGACCAUGCCUGGUCUGCCAAUGGCUGCAGCCUGGAGUCCACGAACCGGACGCACAGCGUGUGCAGUUGCAAUCAUCUGACCAACUUUGCCAUCCUCAUGGACGUGGUAGACGAGCACCAGCAUUCGCUGUUCACCAUGUUUGACGGAAAUAUGAGGAUAUUCAUCUACAUCAGCAUAGCCAUCUGCGUGGUGUUCAUAGUGAUUGCCUUGCUCACGCUUAAGCUGUUCAAUGGGGUCUUUGUGAAGUCUGCCCGAACCUCGAUAUAUACCAGUAUCUACCUCUGCCUGCUGGCCAUCGAGCUGCUCUUUCUUCUGGGCAUUGAACAGACCGAAACAAGCACAUUUUGCGGCUUCAUAACCUGUUUCCUCCACUGUGCCAUCCUAUCCGGCACUGCCUGGUUCUGCUACGAAGCCUUCCAUUCGUACUCUAUCCUCACCUCUGAUGAGCUUCUGCUGGAGGUGGAUCAGACGCCCAAGGUCAAUUGCUAUUACCUCUUCUCCUAUGGCCUGUCAUUGACUGUGGUAGCCGUCUCGGUGGUCAUCAAUCCCAGCACCUAUACACAGAGCGACUACUGCGUUCUGAUGGAGGCGAAUGCCUUGUUUUAUGCCACCUUUGUGGCCCCGGUGCUCAUCUUUUUUGUGGCUGCCAUUGGCUAUACAUUCCUGUCCUGGAUCAUCAUGUGCCGCAAGAGUCGCACAGGCCUGAAGACCAAGGAGCACACUCGCCUGGCCAGCGUUCGCUUCGACAUCCGCUGCUCCUUUGUGUUCCUGCUGCUACUCAGUGCCGUUUGGUGCUCCGCCUAUUUCUACCUGCGUGGAGCCAAGAUGGACGAGGACACGGCCGAUGUGCAUGGCUACUGCUUCAUCUGCUUCAACACCCUGCUGGGGCUCUACAUCUUUGUGUUCCAUUGCAUCCAGAACGAGAAGAUACGGCGCGAGUAUCGCAAGUAUGUGCGGCAGCAUGCCUGGCUGCCCAAGUGCCUGCGCUGCUCGAAGACCUCAAUUUCCUCGGGCAUAGUGGCGGGUGGCGGCGGACCAACUGCCGGAACUCUGUGCAGUGUCUCAACUGCCAAAAAGCCCAAGCUUCCCAUAGGUGCGAUGGGUGAAGAGGGACAUCAUGAUGAACAGAUGACGCCAGCGGGUGUGACCGCCACCGAGGAUAUCAUAAUAGGAGCUAGCUCCGACACCGAACUGAACGAAGCCCAACAGAGGAGAACGCUGAAGAGCGGCCUGAUGACUGGCACUUUGCAGGCACCUGCCCAGCCACUGGGAAACCAAGUGGUGUUGGAAAGAAACAGCACACUGCGCUCCACCGGACACGCCUCGCCCACCAGCUCGGCGGGGUCCACCCAUCACAUCUUUGCCCACAAGCAGCAGCAGCAGCCCCUGGGCGAGUCCUAUUACCACCAGCCGGACUACUACAGCCUGAAACAGCCUCCAGCCGGCACGGCAGCAUUAAAGGCCCAGCGCGAGUACUUCAACAAUGCUGGGGCAGCCGCCUUGUCGCCGCAACAGGCGCACGAAGUGUUCUACUGGACCCAGAAGCCAAACAGCCAGCAUGGUAAAAAGAAGCGCGGUGCCGGCGGAGUGCCCGCCUCCCCCAGCGGAUCCCUGCACAGCCGCAACGCUGCCGUCUCCCAGGUGUUCUAUCCCUCGUAUAAAAAGACCAAGCCCGGCUAUCCGCAUUAUGCGGAAGCCCUGGAUCCCCCUCAAACCAUUGGCAAUGCGGCUGCCUACUAUCAGCAGCAGCAACAAAUGCGUCGUCAACAGCAGCAGCAGCAGCAGCAAUUGUCCUCGGACGAGGAACAGAGCGAGCAGCAUGCACACCUGUUGCAUUUGCAAAACCAGCAACAACAACAGCAGCUGCAGCAGCAGCGACGCGCUGGUAGCCAGCAACAGCUACCCGCUCCGCCGCCGCACAUGGCGCAGUACCAGCUGGAGUUCAUGCAGCGCCAGCUUAGAAAUAAGCAUUCCAACUGUGAUCUGGGCAUGAACGAUGCCUACUACAACCAGGGCAGCGUCGGCGGCGCAGAUGCCGGGCCGGUGUACGAGGAGAUCCUCAGCAACCGCAACUCGGAUGUGCAGCACUACGAGGUGGGGGACUUUGAUGUGGACGAGGUGUACAACAACAGCGUUGGCACAGGCGUCUUUAACAAUAUGCGAGCGGCAGUGGCCGCUGGCGGAAGUCGCUACGGCGGCGGCAGCCUAAGCGGUGGCAGUGUCUCAUCCAGGAGCCAACAGCAGCAACAGUUGCAGAAGCAUCUGCAGCAGCAGCAGCAGCAACAACAGUCGCUGGCGCAGCAGAGAUUGGGUCGUCGCUGCACGGCUGACGAUGAUGAUGAUGACGACGACGACGAGGAGGAGGAUGAGGAGGCUACUGCUGCAGAGCAGUUGCACGGCAGAUACUGUGAUGAUGAUGAGGAGGAAGAAAGCGAUUUGGAGGACGAUCCCCAUGGAUUGCCACCCCAGAGCGUUGAGCGUAUGGAACGGUUGAUGGCGAUACAGGACGAGGAGUUCAAGCGGCGGUUUCAAAGUGAACAGCGCAAGCGUGGAGCGCCCAUUGAUUAUGGGGCCAUGCCACCGGGAUCAGCGCCACACCCCGAGCACAACGGUGCGGUUUUUGGGGUUAGCGGCGGCGUUGGUGAGGGCUCCAUGCGUGGCGCAUUCCGGCAGCAGCAGCAGCAACAACAACAACAACAGCAGAAUGCCAAAUCGCCAGGCGCCCGUCUGGCGGUGAAUGAGCUAUUCGGUCAGGUCAAUGCCGGACCCCCGCUGCCUCCGGCCAAUCAAACGCCCGCGCAGAAGCGUCAGCAGCUACAGAAACUGUCACCGCAGUCCACCACAUCAUCGUCGUCGCAUACAUCACACAGCACCCCGCAUCCACUAUCCCAUUCGCAUCAGCAUCAGCAUCCCCCGCACCAUCAGCAGCGCCACCUGUCGGCCAUGCUGGACGAGAACAACACGGUCCGGUGUUAUCUGGAGCCACUGGCCAAGUGAGGCGCCCGCUUAACAUAAUACACCCCCGGAACAGUCUUAGGCAAAAAUUGUAGCUUAGGAUCUCUAGCUAUAUAUACCUAGUAUUAGUCGUUAGUCGAAAUAUGGAGCAUUGUGUGAAACAACAUGCUGUCAUGCUAUACGUGCAGUGAUUCGAGAAUCCCAAAACCCCAUGAAUGUAUAUGUAAUAACUUAAACCUAGGACACACUGAGGAAGGAUGACCGAAGGAUGCUUCUUGGGAGAUCAUAUUUCCUUGAGCAAAAGGAAAAAGUCCAAUUGGAAUGAACAUGUUCACUCGCUCUUUUUUUGUUCACCCACCCAAAAGCAAACCAACACCAACCUGGAACAAAGUGAGAGCAGUGGAAGCUUAACCAAAAUAUGAGGGAUGUGCGAUCGGGUCCUUCGCUCGACUUGCAUGCAUUAUUUUAUACCAACUUGGAAAUCGAUAUUAAAUAUAAAUGUAUGUACCAUAUAUAUGUAUAAUGUGUAUUGUAAUACAUGUCACCACAUGCCAUUUUUAAAAACUUAAUAAUAAUUUAAAGAACAAGCAAGAAUCAAGUAUAUAUGCUAUAUAUUUGAGUGUAUAUGUUUAAGAUAAAUGCGAGAACUGUAUGUACAUGAUGGAUAUAUAUAUAUAUGUAUAUGGAAUGCAGGCGAAUUAUGUUUUAUGUAUUGUGUAAGGAAUCAAUUGUUUUUGAUUUUCGCUGAUUACGCUCGUAAGAUAAAGCUUAAGAUUUGUUUCGUGUUUCAUAAACCAAAAGAGAAGUCGAUAUUUUUUGUAAUCUUGUUUUUGCUAUCCAACUGCCGAUUUACACACACACCUCUGAACCAAAUAUUCCUUCCAACUGAAACUGACUAAGAGGCAUGUGUAAAGACCAUGCUUUCAAGGGGAGGCCAAUAUGUGGUUAAUAUUGCAUUUCUUUUAUGUUUUGUAAGCGAACCAGAGCGAGGCAUUUGAAGUGUACAUUUUCAUCAAUAUUGAUGCUUUAAGCACACACACACACAUAUAUAGGGGCAUUAAUAUUCUAUUUUUUGAAGAUACUGAUUAUACUGAUUGGAAUGCUUUAUUAUUUAUAUGGAUAUAACGAAAGAAUUAAUCAAUUUAAAGCUAUGUAAAUGUCUUGGAAAUUGCAUGGCAGGCACCAAACGAUAGAGCUGCAUACCUACGGAAAAAAUACCUAUAUAUUAAUGAAAGAUUUCAACCGAACCUCACUUGUUAACUAGGAACUAACUGUAAACUCUUAAAGAACAACACUAGCCAGCUAACAACACACUCAACUGUACUAUCAAGUCACACCUUGCCCUAACCCCCGUAUGGCAUUCUCUCUAGAAUUUCACGCAUGUGUACAAAAACCAAAUAAAAAAUAAAGUGCAAAACCAGAAGAUGAUUACCAUUUAUACUACAUGUCUUACAUACACAGUCCAACCAAAGACUUUGUAAACUAACAAGAUGAGUAACGCCAUACAAUUUUUGUUGGACUAAAAUAUUUUGAGCUGUCUUAAGGAUCUCUUAAACUUUGGCUAAAAAAUUGCAGCAAGAGAGCUAUUUAGAGUCAGUUGCUCUACAGCAUUCUAGAUCUAUGUCAUACUUGGAAGCGAUUUAUAGUUCUAGAUUUUAGAUGGUGAGAAAUAUUUCUUGUAUUUCACAAUUAAAAUAUAUGGACGUAAUGCAUCUUGUUAUUGUAAAGGUCUUUGGUUUAACCCAAGUCAGCUCCUAGGAGACCCCCCCAGCAAGUAUAACUUGACUGACUAACCAGCCGAAACUAAAAUCGAUAUGCACCCAAAGGAUAUAGUUAGUAAUUAAGCACCAGCAGCAUUAAAAUAAACACAAAAAUUAGUGUAAAAAUGGAUUGGAAGCCCUCCUCUGCACGCAUUGGUGUGUGGAGAAGGAAUACGAAAUAGCAGAUCUUGAAUGUAUAGUGUUGCGCCUCCUAGUACUUUACUUAUAUUAAACCAGAUAUAUAUCAGAUACUAGCAUAUAUGUAUGUGAAUGUAUAUUGAUGCCGCAAGACAGCCACUGGAAGCCCCUUCCGCUCCUCAUUCACCGAAUUGGAUCGGAUUGGAACCACAAAUAAACCGAAAUCAAGUCACCCAACAAAUCUCAAACUAUAUGGAAAAGCCCGAUGAAAAUGUUAAUGUACACAGUUUUUUCUAUUUAAGACAAAUUACAAGAAAUGGAUUGCAUUUUAAUGUAAAUGAAA